AUGGCGAAACCAGUCCAGAGGUUCCAACUGUGGUCUCCCCUCGGAUUCCUGCUGCAGCUUGUGGCGUUGCUGGGGAUACUCGGUCCACAGGUCCAAUCCGUCAGGCCGGAGAGCCUUCUGUUUGUGUCUACCUUGGAUGGAAGUCUCCAUGCACUGAACAAGCAGACAGGGGACUUGAAGUGGACAGUGAAGGACGACCCCAUCAUCCAGGGACCAAUGUAUGUUACAGAAAUGGCCUUUCUCUCUGACCCAGCUGAUGGCAGCCUGUACAUCUUGGGAACCCAGAAACAACAGGGGCUGAUGAAACUGCCAUUCACCAUCCCAGAGCUGGUUCAUGCCUCUCCCUGUCGCAGCUCUGAUGGUGUCUUCUACACAGGACGGAAGCAGGAUGCCUGGUUUGUGGUGGACCCUGAGACAGGGGAGACUCAGAUGACACUGACCACAGAGGGCCUCUCUACUCCUCAACUGUACAUUGGCCAAACACAGUACACGGUCUCCAUGCAUGACCCACGGACACCAGCCCUGCGCUGGAACACAACCUACCGACGCUAUUCAGCACCCCCCAUGGAUGGCUCACCUGGGAAAUACAUGAGCCACCUGACAUCCUGUGGGAUGGGCCUGCUUCUCACUGUGGAUCCAGGAAGUGGAAUUGUGCUGUGGACACAGGACCUGGGAGUGCCUGUGACAGGGAUCUACACAUGGCAUCAAGAUGGUCUGCGCCAGCUGCCUCAUCUUACACUGGCUCGGGACACCCUACAUUUCCUUGUCCUCCGCUGGGGCCACAUCCGUCUUCCUGCCUCCAGCUCCCAGGACAGAGCCACCCAGUUCUCUUCCUUAGACACCCAGCUUUUGAUGACACUGUAUGUGGGGAGAGAAGAAGCUGGUUUCUAUGUCUCUAAAGCACUGGUCCAUGCUGGGGUGGCCCUCGUGCCCCGUGGACUGACUCUGGCACCCAUGGAUGGCCCCACAACAGAUGAGGUGACACUUCAAGUCUCAGGGGAGCGAGAGGGCUCACCCAGCACUGCUGUCAGAUACCCCUCAGGCAGCAUUGCCCUCCCCAGCCAGUGGCUACUCAUUGGAUACCAUGAAACUCCCCCAGUCCUGCACACCACCAUGCUGAGGGUUCAUCCCACCCCAGGUAAAGAUUCUGCUGAGACAAGAGGCUCAGAGGACCUUCAUACUCCAGCUCUCUUCUUUGAGCUCCUAAACCUGAGGAGGGAGGAUUCAGAACUACAUCCUGAAGAGAAAGCUUCAGACUCUUAUCCAGGGCUGGGAUCUCAAGACCUGCUAGCAGCUAGCUUCACUGCCGUCCUCCUGGGAGCCUGGGUCCUCUACCUGAUGAGGCAGCAGCAACAGAGUCUUUCAGCACCUUCAGGCCCUCCUGACCUCUCACAGGAUGCUCAGACACAGCCUUCAAGGGACAUCCUGAAGGACCAGAGAUUUCAAAACCCCUCAGAGCCAACACAGCCAGCCCAUGACCCUGAAGCUGGAGAGCCCACUGUGGUGGGGAAGAUUUCCUUCAACCCCAAGGAUGUGCUGGGCCGUGGGGCAGGAGGAACUUUUGUUUUCCGAGGACAGUUUGAGGGACGUGCAGUAGCUGUGAAGAGGCUUCUCCGAGAGUGCUUCAGCUUGGUUCGGCGAGAGGUGCAGCUGCUGCAGGAGUCUGACCGGCACCCCAAUGUGCUCCGCUACUUCUGCACUGAGCGUGGUCCCCAGUUCCACUAUAUUGCCUUGGAGCUCUGCCAGGCCUCCUUGCAAGAGUAUGUGGAGAGUCCAGACCUAGACCGCUGGGGCCUGGAGCCCACCACAGUGCUGCAGCAGAUGAUGUCUGGCCUGGCCCACCUACAUUCCUUACACAUAGUACACCGUGACCUCAAGCCAGGCAACAUUCUCAUGGCUGGGCCUGACAGCCAGGGCCAAGGGAGAGUGGUCAUCUCUGACUUCGGGCUCUGCAAGAAAAUACCUGCCGGCCAUUGUAGCUUCAGUCUCCAUUCUGGUAUUCCUGGCACAGAAGGCUGGAUGGCACCAGAACUCCUGCAGCUGCCCCCAAACAGCCCAACCAGCGCUGUGGAUAUCUUCUCUGCGGGCUGCGUGUUCUAUUACGUGCUUUCGGGUGGCAGCCACCCCUUUGGAGAGAGUCUCUACCGCCAGGCCAACAUCCUCUCAGGGGAUCCCUGUCUGGCUCAGCUGCAGGAAGAGACCCAUGACAAGGUUGUGGCAUUGGACUUAGUGAAAGCCAUGCUGAGCCUGCUUCCCCAGGAUCGACCCUCGGCAAGAUGGGUACUGGCCCACCCCCUCUUUUGGAGCAGAGCUAAGGAGCUCCAGUUCUUCCAGGAUGUCAGUGACUGGUUGGAAAAGGAACCAGAACAGGGACCUCUCGUGAUGGCGCUGGAAGCAGGAAGCUACAAAGUGGUCCGGGAAAACUGGUACAAGCAUAUCUCAGCACCUCUGCAGGAAGAUCUGAAAAGGUUCCGGUCAUACAAAGGGACGUCAGUGAGAGACCUGCUCCGGGCCAUGAGGAACAAGAAGCACCACUACAGGGAGCUCCCAGCUGAGGUGCGCCAGACACUAGGCCAACUUCCUGCUGGCUUCAUCCAGUACUUCACACACCGCUUCCCGAGGCUGUUGCUCCACACUCACCGUGCCAUGAGGACCUGUGCUUCUGAGAGCCUCUUCCUGCCCUACUAUCCACCAGCUUUGGAAGGCAGGAGGUCCCCAGAUGCCACAAAGAGUUGA